AUGUCAGACGACGGAGGUGCAGACAAUGCAUUUCCUAUGGGAGGCGAUGAUAUGAGUGAUGAUGACAUGGGUAUGCAGCAGGAACUGCCGGAAGGUGUGAAGAAGGAGAUCGUGAAGGCAGCACCGGAGUCCAACUACUUGAUGCCGAAGGCAGGCGAUGAGGUGACAGUGCACUAUGUGGGUACCUUGGAGUCUGACGGAACCGAAUUCGAUUCUUCACGCUCCCGUAACAAACCGUUUACGUUCAUCAUCGGCAAGGGACAGGUGAUAGAGGGAUGGGAUCUGGGCGUGGCAACGAUGAAGAAGGGGGAGGUGGCCAAGUUCACGAUCGCCCCGGAGCACGCUUACGGUGACAGUGGUUCUCCACCCAAGAUCCCAGCGAAGGCCACCCUCAUCUUCGAAGUGGAACUCCUGGAUUUCGUAAACCAGGAAGAUCUUUUCUCAGAUGGUGGUGUCGUGAAAGUCAUGGUCAAGGAGGGUUCCGGUUGGAAGGUGCCCCAGAUCAACACCGAGCUGAAGAUCUCCCUCAAGGCCUGCAAGCCGGACGGAACUGUCAUCGAGGACAAGGGAUCUUUCGAGUACACCAUGGGAUCUGAAGGUCUGGGGCCACUGACCAAAGCUGUGGAAAAGGCAUUAUUUCGCAUGAAGAAGGGCGAGCAGUGCAAGUUGCAGUGCUCGAAGGACUAUGCCUUCGGAGAUUCCCAUCCAGAUGGCGCUGUCAUCGACUUGGCGAUUGAGGAGUUGUACGAAGUCACGGAUGUUUCCGUGGCAAAAGACAAGUCGCUGAUGAAGAAGCAGAUCAAAGAGGGCGAGGGCUACGAAAGGCCAAAAGAGAGUGCCAAAGUCUCCCUGAAAGUGGAGGCUGCUACGGAUGGCUCUGCACCGCUGCCCGGGUUUAGUGCAAAAACAUUAGAGUUUGCUGCCGGUGAUGGGGAUGCUUGUGAUGCCCUGGAGCUCGCCGUAGUGGACAUGAAGAAAGGUGAAAGGGCAGUUCUGACCUGCAGCUCUCCCGGAAUGUGCCAGGACUCUCAGCUCGGCUUGGGGCAAAUCACGGCGGACAAGGUGAUCUUCACUUUGGAACUGACCAGCUUCGAUAAAGCAAAAGACAUCUGGGACAUGUCAGAGGAUGAGAAGGUUGAGUUCGCCUCAGCUCGCAAGGAGGUUGGUGGGAAACUCUUCAAGGCAGGCCGCUUUGUACUGGCCAUGGAGCGCUACAAGAAGGUUGUCGACAUGUUCAGCUACACCGACAACUACCAAGCAGAAAACAAGGCGAAAGCAGCUGAUAUGAAGAAGGCCUGCACCCUGAACAAGGCCGCGUGCCAGCUGAAGUGUGAGCUCUUUGCGGAUGCGAAGACCUCUUGCAACACCGUCUUAAAGGACGACUCGACAAACUUGAAGGCACUCUUCAGACGAGCUCAGGCAGAGCUUGGCCUCAAGAACUUCGGUGACUGCACUCGAGAUGUGAAGCGCAUCUUGGAGAUUGACCCGAAGAACAGAGAGGCAAGAGUGUUGGCAAAGGAGGCAGCAUCCGGGCAGAAAGAGGAGGAUAAGAAGUCCAAAGGCCUCUUCAACAAGAUGUGCUCAGCUCUCGGCAAGGGGCCCAUACGCGAACCCUACAAGGAGCGUCGUUUCGAUUUCGAUGCCGACGAGGACGAGGGUAUGCAAGAAGAGGGAGAAGGAGAGGCAAAGGAAGCUUGA